AUGGCUAAUGCUAUCACCUAUGAGAGGAUCUAUGAUGCUCUUACUUCUAACCAUGAGCUCACUCUACCCAUGUUCGACGACUUCAAGAAGGUCGCCACUGGUCUCUCCAAGCCCUUCUACAAUCAGGAGUUGGCUGACAAGGUUGACGAUCAAGUUGGAUCUCGUUUCGAUGCGAAGAUCUUGAAGACUUUGUUGAAACUCAGUGCUCAUCUGCAGAUGACUAACUUCUUCAAGGCUGGUACAGCUUCUGCCAUUGCAAUGAGGUUUGAUGGUGAGGUCCUGGCCGAUCGUCCGAGGACUCUCUUCCCCAGGAUCCCUUAUGCUGUUUAUCUGGUCGUUGGCAGAAGCUUCUACGGCUUCCACAUCCGAUUCACUGAGAUCGCUCGUGGUGGUAUCAGGCUCAUUCUGUCCAGGAACAGACAGGUGUACAAGAAGAACUGCGCUACUUUGUUGGAGGAAAACUACAACUUGGCCUUCACUCAGCAGUUAAAGAACAAGGAUAUUCCUGAGGGCGGCUCGAAGGGUACCAUCCUCAUGGAUAUGGACUCUCAGAACUUGAAGACAAGCGGUCGUGAUGCUUUCAAUAGCUAUGUUGAUGCUCUUCUCGAUUGCAUCCUUGCCAAGGAGACCGGCCUCUACUCCAACCUUUCCAAGCCUGAGAUGCUCUUCUUUGGCCCCGAUGAGAAUACUGCUGGAUUCAUGAAAUUGGGUGCUUUGAGAGCCAAGGCUCGUGGUUACAAAUACUGGAAGUCUCUAACUACCGGUAAAUCUGCCGUCCUCGGUGGUAUUCCCCAUGACAAGUACGCCAUGACCACCAACUCUAUCCAUCCAUACGUUGUCGAGCUCUUGACUAAGCUGGGUGUUGAGGAGUCUAAUCUCACCAAAGUGAUGUCCGGUGGUCCCGAUGGUGAUCUUGGUUCUAACGAAAUUCUCAUCUCUAAAGACAAGACAAUUGCCAUCUGUGAUGGUACCGGUGUUGCUUAUGACCCUCAAGGAUUGAAUAGAGAGGAGCUCACUCGUCUGGCUCAUCUCAGAGUUGGUGUUGCCAACUUUUCUCGUGAUAAACUGUCAUCUGAUCCGAAGGCAUUCUUGGUCACCAUUGAUGAUAAGGAUGUAACUCUUCCUAAUGGAGAUCACUUCAAGUCCGGGGUUGAGGUGCGAAAUCAUUUCCCAGAGAUGGAGUACUUCUCUGCUGAUCUCUUCAUCCCUUGUGGUGGUCGUCCCGGUACUAUUAACAUUGGUAAUGUUGAUAAGACCAUGUUCAAUCCUGAGACUAAGGAGCUCAAGUUCAAGUAUGUUGUGGAGGGUGCCAACUUAUUCUUGACCGAUGAUGCUCGUCGAUAUCUUGAGGAUGCUGGUGUCCAGCUAUUCAAGGAUGCUUCCACCAACAAGGGCGGUGUUACUUCUAGCAGUAUGGAGGUGUUCGCUGCUCUUUGCAUGGAUACGGCUGAUCAUGACGAGUUCCUCUGCGCUCGUGAUGAGACAAGUGCUCCUCCUGAGUUCUACGAACAGUACGUACAGGAGAUCCUUGCCGCUGUUCGUCAUAAUGCCAAGAUGGAGUUCAAUGGCAUCUGGAAGACUAACCACGAGGUGAAGUAUCCUGAUGGAUCAAGGUAUAUUCGUAAGACUGAUGCCACCAUCUUAUUGUCUAAGAAGAUCAACGACAUGCAGUCUUACAUCCUUGGCGUCCUCGAGGAACACGACCCUGAGAAUGACUGGAUGGUUCGUGCUGUUCUCAGACGUUGUGUGCCCAGAUUGCUUCUUGUUCAUUGUGGUUUGGAUAAGAUAGUCGAGAACACCCCCGAGGCUUAUCUCAAUGCUAUGGUUGCUACUUGGAUUGCUGACGAGUUUGUCUACUCUAACGGUUUGAAGACCAGCGAGUUCGCCUUCUUCCAGUUCAUGCGCUCACUAGAGGAGAAGUCCGAAGGUGAGGUUACCCCUUCUACUAUGUGAUUAACCAAAGUCUCCAUAUACUAGCUGCAUAGGGCAUCCUACAUGAGUAGUUGCCGAAUGUUAAUAGCACUCUACUAUUACACCUUACUUUUCCCAUAUAUCUGAGUGGGAAUACUCAUGUUUUUAAUCCUGAGCUCGUUUGUAUAG